CUGAUGAAUAUACGCACAAGCAGGGGGGAAAACUCGCAGCUAGGUUUGGUCUCUGACAAUAAUAUAUAUACAUAAAAAAAAAGUUUUUUCAAUCUUUCAUGGUUUCCCUCUCUUUUAAAAUCCUUGGAGGGAAAUAAGAACUUUUUCAAAAAUUAAAAUAAAAACAAAGACCCCUAGCUAAGCCAAAUUUCUCUACUCUUUCACUCUUCUUUGAUUCUUAAAAUCUAGGGUUUUACUGGUAAUUAAUUUACUUCACCGGCUCUCAUUCAUUUCUUUAAUUUGCAGCCAGAAAAAUGGUGCUAGUUCAUCACUUGCAAUCUGUUCAUGCUCGAUUUUAACUUAUCAGUAUCUGACUGAGUCAGAGUACAGGAUGCUCCGGUCAGGACUGUAUCUCCAAUUUUUUGUUUUUUCUGCUGGAGCUGAAUAAGGUGGAAUAGCUUCAAGUCUGGGACAAUCUUCCUGUAGAAAUGCAAACUAAGAAAAGAAUUUGUGGAAGAAAUGCUUCAAGAGAGCUUGCAAGUCCUAUGAUUUCAAGAGCUCAGAAGAAACUGUCUGAAAAUGUGCAAGUCGCGGAGAAAGUUUCAGAACUAAUUACAUCUUCAGCUAGAAAGCAGAAAUGCACCCUUCCAAAGAAAAAUCAGGAGCCUAUUGCAGCAACAAAUUUGAAUACUAGAUACAACUCAGUGCAUCAUAAGGCUUCUGAUGCUUCAACUCAAUGUGAUGUGGUGGAUCCUGAGGGCUGUAAUGAAGGAGCUGCUCAAUGUGUGGUUCAAGCUAUAUUUUCUCCUGCUUUUCACAUAUCUAAGAUUGCUGGAGGAGAAAUUCCUGAUGGAGUUGACUUCAUCAAACUGUAUCGGACUGGAGAGUCCCGGGUUGAUAUGCUGGAUGCUCAUCUUACACAAGAAACCUUGAAACCCUUUUUUGGAGAACACAAUGAGAGCACAUUAUCUUCCCUCAACACAACUUGUCAUAGUGUCAUAGAAGUGGAGAAAAAUAUAUCAGCCAAAAACUCAUAUGUGGAUAACUACGGUGAUCAGGUGCUCUCUACUGAUGCAACUACUGUGAAUUCUUGUGGUAUUGCAGUUUCAAACGGAGUUGGUCUUCCUUCUGAAGUUUCAUCUAUAUAUCUUGCAAUGAAGAACUCAAAACUGGAAUGUGUUAAUGAGCAUGGUCAAGAUUCUAUGUCGACUGAUGUUUGCAUGGAGGAGGAGGAUUAUGAGGAGUUUGAUGACUUUGACCCUUAUCUAUUUAUAAAGAACCUGCCAGAGUUGUCAUCGGUAGUCCCCACUUUUCGGCCUAUGCUGCUACCUAAACAGACACGGAGUUGUCCUCCUACAACUCUUGUUUUGGACCUGGAUGAAACACUGGUGCACUCCACACUUGAACCUUGUGAUGACGCGGACUUCACAUUUCCUGUCAACUUUAACCUCCAGCAGCACACAGUCUUUGUUCGGUGCCGUCCUUACCUCAGAGAUUUCAUGGAGAGAGUUUCUAGUCUUUUUGAGAUCAUAAUAUUUACAGCUAGUCAAAGUAUCUAUGCAGAACAGCUUCUAAAUGUGCUUGAUCCAAAGAGGAGGAUAUUUCGACAUCGUGUUUUCCGUGAAUCCUGUGUUUUUGUCGAGGGUAACUACCUCAAGGAUUUGUCAGUUCUUGGUCGUGAUUUGGCCCGUGUUAUUAUAAUUGACAACUCUCCCCAGGCAUUUGGCUUCCAGGUAGACAAUGGUAUACCAAUUGAGAGCUGGUUUGAUGAUCGUGCAGAUAAAGAAUUGCUUUCACUACUUCCAUUUUUGGAGAGCUUGGUUGGGGUCGAAGAUGUUAGGCCAGUGAUUGCAAAGAAAUACAAUCUUCGGCGGAAAAUUGCUUCAGCUGCUUACCCUCCAUUGAAUUUAAGUAGAGAUCCUUUUUGAAAGGUAGCUUCAAGUAGAGACGAGAUCCUUCUGAAAUAUUCGAGUUGGGAUGCAAUUAUAGGAUUAAAAUGUCAAGGAAAUCACGUUCUCUUUCGUGGAGAAUGUCUUUGCAACGGUGAGAUUUGAAAUUGAAGUGCGAUUCUAACAAGAAAGAGGGAGGUAGGUGUUUAUGGAUUUAAUUGUGUGAGAGUCGGAAACUGUUCAUGGUAGGAACCUGGAGCGUGAAAGUGCACCACAGGUAAAUACUUGAAAAUAAGAAGCUUCAUAGACAGUUUAAUAUGUCAACCCGGUUAUGAGUUCGAAACUAAUUGAAUUUUUUAGGUUAUUUAUACUAUACUAGAUUAUGGGAGCAUCUAGAAGGGUGUGAAAAACCCAUGGCAAUUCUAUCUUAUUAUUUAUAUUGAAGCAAAAAUUUUCCUUUCUGCUCUUC